AACUCCAAAAUUAGGUGCGAUCCGGCGACGUUGACAAUAUUUUGACAAUUUUUUCUAGAUUGUUUAGUAUUUUGCCACAAGUACCAAAUACUUGAAAAUGGAGUUUUUUAAAUCAAUACCGACUCACAUUGACUAUGUAGGCCAAGCAAAAGCAGAAAAACUAUAUAGAGCAAUCAUAACGUUAUUCAGUAUAGUUGGAUUUGUUUGGGGUUACAUAGUUCAGCAGUUUUCACAAUCCGUAUACAUUCUUGGUGCAGGAUUUAUUCUAGCAGCAGUUCUCACUGUGCCACCGUGGCCUAUGUAUCGGCGCAAUCCACUUAACUGGCAAAACCCAAGGAAUACAGAAGAAAAACCAGCUGGCAAGAAAGGAAAGAAAUAGUGUUGUGUGUAUAUGAUUAAUUUCUAAGUUUCUAAUUAUAUUAUUAUUCCUCUAAA